AUGAACCACGGCAGCACCACUACCGUCUAUGAGACCAAGCGAGCUGCGUUUGCACUUCCAGCCAGUCUCGACUGUCCACCGCCUCGCCUCGACUUCUCCGACCAUGGAUUCGACCGCCUCGACGACGACAACCUCAGUGCACUCGAGCUCACCUUCAAUGCGGCCGACGUCCUGCUAUUCGCUGAUCCAGCUCAGUGCGCGCCACUCAGCAGCAACUGUGACGCCGUUGACAGCACGUCUCCUCGCGCACCCGCUCAUCACUCGAAAAAGGCCUCGCGGAAGCAGGUGCACGAGCUCCAGGGCAUGGUCGACGCCAUGCAAGAGCAAGUGAAUGGCGCAGCUGCUGAAAUCCAGCAGCUCACGCAGCUCGUAGGACAGUUUGCGCAGCAGCGAGCGCAGGAGCGGAGACACGCUGUGGAGCAGCAAGAGCGGCUGUUUGGGGAGAACGAAAUGGACAUGGACCUCGGCGACCAGCAGCGACAUCUGCAAGCGCAGGUGCGGCAAGAGCGCGAGCAGUACAUGCGGGACCAGCAGUAA